AUGGAGAAGAUUGAGAAGGUUGAUUUUCGGGUAAAAGAGUACUUGGAGGAUGCUGGAAGGGAAAAGUGGGCUCAACUGUAUUCACCCGUUGAACCAUCAACUGAAUAUGUGUAUACCGUAAAUGAUAAGGCAAGGCGAUUCAUAAUUGAUCUUAAAAAGAAAACAUGCAGUUGUUGGAUGUUCCAAAUGGACGAGAUACCAUGUCCACAUGCAUGGGCUGUAUUGAAGAGUAAAAGUCUUAUGCCUGAUGAAUAUUGCUCAGACCUAUUCAAACCAAAGACAGUGAUUAAGACGUAUGAUGUGCCUGUGGAUCCUCUGCCUGACGAGAGUGAGUGGAAUAUUCCCAAAAACAUAUGCGAUGAAUUUGUUUUGCCACCAAGAUACAAGAGACCCCUGGGAAGGUCAAAGAAAAAGCGAGAUAAACCAUUAAUAGAGACGAUGAUUGGUAACGUACGAAUGCUUGUAGUACUUGUGGACGUCUUGGUCACAAUAGACGUUCUUGUUCUAAUGAGCCACUGUUCAAAAUGUAAGAGUAUUCCAGUUCACCUGGAAUAA